AUGGCAGUAUUUGCCUUCAAUACGACAAACACGGCAGCUUGUGGCUUUAGUUACGAAUCUGAAGACACCCUAUUAACCUUUUUUGGUAUAUAUGUGACUCCGAUAGUUUACUCUCUAUUCAACAGCGCUUCUAAAUACCCUCUAUUUCCAGAUGACUCCGUAAAUAUCAGUGUUGAUGAAUUUCUCCAUUCAGACCUUGGAUUGUCAACGACCAUUGACCUUUGGGACGUUGUCCUCAUGUUUUCGCAUUUGAUAAAAUGCAAAAAGGAUCUUCUCUCUGGCUUGGUUAGCCGUAAUUUUGUUGUGACUUUCCUGAUAAUGAGUUUGGUAAAUAUCUUUCUGCUUGGAUUGACGUUUCCGACUGCAGAAGGGGAUGCGCAACAAUUUUUUGAUAUCAGUACAAACUUUAUGAGGAAUAGGGGAAACCAUAUAAGAAAUCCCAGCAAGAGUGAAACUGUGAAAAGUGAUGACUAUAAAGUAACUUCAAAGAUUGGUGCCCCUUCUAGUUUUGAUGUAGAUAAAAGGGGUAAUGUUGGUCCAUCUGGAAAUGUUGACAUGAACCCAUUCCGUUCUUCACUUGAUAUGUUUACAAUUGCAAAGUAUGCGUUUGUUAUUGGGUUCUUUUUAAUAGAUUUGCCAUAUUUGUGUUACCGGAUUUACCUUUUAUCUCAUUCUAAUGGUUUUUCACUUUUGCUCUACAAAAAUGUUUUAUUCCUCUUUCUACGACCAUAUAGAUUAAACAUGAACCAGUUGGCUGAAAGAGAUACUGCAAAAGGAUGGCAAACAGCGUUUUUUGAGGCUGAAUCUACAAAUUUGAAAAUGGAUGCGGAGAUAUCUGCAGAUGUAAACGAAGGGGAAUAUUUGAAAAAGUUUACGCGCAGAUAUACGAUGAAACAAAGGCAAAGCAUGCGCAGAUCAAGUACAUUUUCUGGUCGUAUGUCAUCUAUAAACGGUUUGAUCCAUUCGAAUCAGGUUGAUUCUAAAGAUGACGGACCUCGUCACAGCCAAUUAGAUAAAGUGGAAGAUUCUCAUAUCCAUCCACUUGAUAGAAUGGCAUCGGCUGACCAAAGAUCAUCUGCACAAAAGCAUUCUAUUUUCCAAAAUACACCAUUCCUACGUUCAUAUACACAUUCCAAUUUUCUUGGAAAUAUUACUGAGGACCACAAAUUUGCUAGAAGCGGUGAAACUGGUGUAGGCACAUCUGGACCAAUGGACGCUGCGAUAAACGGUGCUUUUAGAGCAGAAUCAGCAGAUAGACUAACUCCAUUGUCAUCCGCGCGGGAUAUAUACUCACACGAUACUGAUAGUGAGGAUGAGGAAUUUGAUAACUGCAACUCGGAGGAUGCUCUGGGAUCUAUUGACAUGUGUAAGACUUUCAUCCUAAAGAUCUUGAGAAAAAACCAAAAGCUCCCAGUAAAAAGCUUUCCAAUAGCUUUAGUUGUGGAGUAUUGCAAAAAGUUUUGGCAAAAGGCAGGGAAUUCCACGAAAAGAUACGGAAUAUCAAGUAUGGAAAAUGUACAUGCAUCUGGAUACACAAAAACGAUCUUGUACAGAUACUACAGCUCCAUUUUUUUCACCAUAUUCCCAAGGAUAUUCAUAGUCGUUUUAAUUUUUUCGUACACUGGUGACAUACGACCUCCUAGACUACUCAUUGGAGACAAACUUGAAAACGCACAUUUUGUGGAAAUGCUUCCAUAUUACGCAAUGAUGAUCUCUAGCUUCAUGAUACCAUUCUCAUUCUAUUCUACUUGUGGGAUUCUGGACCUUGUGUUCUUAUUUAUACGGGAAACAUUUAACCUCUUGUCCCUAAUUACUUGUGUUUGCGCAUUCAAGAGCAGUCUCCCAAAGGGCUAUGAGGUUAUACACGGCUUUACAUCCAUUAUCUUUUUGGUCUAUCCAAUAGUUAUCAUGUUAGACCUAUACUGGUCAGUGUACAGAUACAAGGAUGAGAGACGAUCUGAGGAACCCACAGAAGAAUGGCCAACGGAAAAAACGAGGGUGUUUCUCUAUCGUCUAGAAUUCUUUAUUUGCAAGUACUCUAUUUCUCCCAUUGCUAUAAAUUUUAAGUUGCUAAGUACCGACUUGAUGGAGUGUAUAAUCACAAUGGACAUUCUCAUUCACUCACAGUGGUCGUACCUAAUAUACACUUGUAUUUUUAGACUUCUUUGUUGUUCAAUUACAAGCUCCAAGGUCUCAAUCACAAUUGUACUAAUAGACCUACUUUUGGGGCUCACAUACACAACCUUAUCGCAAUCACUGCGAGCCCUGAUUCUCAGAGGGCAAGAAAUCGCUCACAUUAUCGCUACAUCCCAGGAUAAAACUAAUAAUGGUAAUGUCAGUCUGGGAGAAGUUGACAAGUAUAUCAAGGUGCAAGGACUCUUGUCAUCGCCGGGGAUUAUUGUCCCCGCAUUUUUGUAA